AUGCUACAGAUCUUGCAGGGCCAGACCACGAGUGACGUAUGGCGAUGGACGGCUAGGCACAGAGAAAUGUCUACAUCGAACGGAGAGAGCCAAGUAGCAGAGAUGAGCCAUUCACGUGUCAUGUAUCACCGGCACUGGGAUGUCAACUGCUCCGCUCUAUUUGCCGGCGACGAUGCUGAGAUCGAAGAAACAGCGAGGUUCAUCGCCGGGGAGAGGGAACAGAAUAACGGGUCUCUCCCUGUCCCGACAGACGCAGAAGUACGGAACUGGACGCGUGACUGUGAUACAUUCCGAAGGGAAAGGGGAUACCCGUUACGUCCCUCGUCAGAGGAGGAGGCCAGCUUUCCUCUUGCAUACACGAUCAUCACUCACAUCACCUCGGCUCAAGUCGAGAGGUUGCUGCGGGAAAUUUACCAACCACAGAACGUCUACUGCAUUCAUCCGGACGCCGGAUCAUCGGAAGAUUUUCAGGGUGCGAUUCGCGGCCUCGCCCAUUGCUUUGAUAACGUUUUUAUCGCGUCAAAGCUCGAGGAUGUUCAGUACGCUGGGUUCACGCGACUCCUCGCCGAUAUCAACUGUAUGCAAGAUUUAACGGGCUCUCGGACUCAGGUUCGCGCUUGGAGGUACCUGAUUAACUUGUGUGGUCAAGAUUUCCCUCUUAAAACAAAUCUCGAAAUUGUGCGCCAAUUGCGAUUUUAUAACGGCACCAAUGAUAUCGUAAGCUAUCCCCAGACAGCAUAUAAAAAAUACUGGACGUUUUUUCACCACGCUGUUAGAAAUGGUAAGGUUGAGCUCACUCGAAUUCGCAAGCGCCCCCCUCCCCACGGCGUGAAGCUGCACAACGGUAACGCCUACUUUGCGGCAACGCGACGGUUCAUCGAGUUUGUGCUGACCGACCAGCGAGCCAUUGAUCUGCUGGAGUGGACACGCGACACCUACAGCCCCGAUGAAGUCUAUUGGGCGACCCUGCAAAGGCUGCCGGGCGUUCCCGGUGGAUUUCCCGACAACAUCGCCAACUCUGGCUACAGGUUUCGGUUCGUAAAAUGGACGAGCCACCGUAACACCCCAAAGUGCCGUUUUGGGAAGGACGUCCGAGUCGUGUGCAUAUUUGGUGUAGACUACCUCCAGUACCUCAUACGGGUCCCCAAUCUCUUUGCAAACAAGUUUCAUUACGAUUUCGACCCUGUGACGAUGCAGUGUCUGGAAGAGACGCUAGACUUUAGAAGGACACAUCCAAUGAUGUCAAAUCAAUUAGAACAUUUCCCUCUGUCCAAUUACAUAUACAUAAAGAAACAAUAA